GAAGGGGAAGAACAUCGGCACGGAGCACUCAAACCCAAGCGCACCACAUCCUUCCAUCCUCGGUGCUGGUUGUGCCACCUUACCUGUGCGGUCCGAGCUCAACUCCUUCCUUGUGGGUCCACUUCCUGGAGGAGGCAGUGCUCCUGCACAUCUGAGCAGGAUGCCUGCUGGGACAAGCAGGAAUGCAGAGAGGUCAAGAGGAUGCGGGCAGGCAUCCCUCUUGCUGGUGGUAUUGAUGGCGGUGGUGUUGGGGGGCCGGGGUGGCGUGCAGUCGUGCCCGGCUCCCUGCAGCUGCCUGGGGAACACAGUGGACUGCCAUGGCCUCGGGAUCCACGCUGUGCCCAGAAACAUUCCCAAAGGAGCAGAACGGCUAGAUCUGAAUGGGAACAACCUCACCAUCAUCACCAAGAUGGACUUUUUGGGCCUUAAGCAUCUGCGAGUACUUCACCUAAUGGAGAACCAAAUCCGAGAGGUGGAGCGAGGCGCUUUGGAUGAAUUGAACAAUCUGGAGCGUCUUCGCCUCAACAAGAAUCGUCUAACGCAAAUUCCGGAACUUCUCUUCCAGAAGAAUGAAGCUCUGUCACGGCUUGACCUGAGUGAAAACGCUAUUCAAGCCAUUCCCAGGAGAGCCUUCAGAGGGGCUGCAGACCUAAAAAAUCUCCAGCUGGAUAAAAAUCACAUCAGCUGCAUUGAGGAGGGAGCAUUCAGGGCACUGCGAUCUUUGGAAGUACUGACGCUGAACAACAACAAUAUCAGCAGCAUUCCCGUGUCCAGUUUCAACCACAUGCCUAAACUUCGCACAUUUCGUCUUCACUCCAAUAUGCUGCGCUGCGACUGUCACUUGGCCUGGUUAUCGCCGUGGCUCCGCCAGCGCCCUGCAUUGGGCCUUUACACUCAGUGCAGCGCCCCACCUUCCCUAAGGGGGCUCAACUUAGCUGAGCUACGCAAAAGCGAUUUGGCUUGCUCAGGCCACGGCAGCAGUGCCUUCGUGCAGCCGUGCAGCUUGGCGUCCGGCUCAUGCCCGCCCAUGUGCUCGUGCAGCAAUAACAUCGUGGACUGCCGGGGAAGAGGCCUAACUGCUAUACCCGCACACCUCCCUGAGGCUAUGACAGAGAUUCGUCUGGAGCAGAAUGGAAUCAAGUCUGUUCCUCCAGGGGCCUUCACCUCCUACAAGAAGCUUCGGCGAAUUGACCUGAGUAACAACCAAAUAUCGGAAAUUGCUCCAGAUGCUUUUCACGGCCUCAAAGCCCUCAACUCCUUGGUUUUGUACGGCAACAAGAUAACGGAGCUUCCUGCCGGUGUGUUCGAUGGCCUAGUCUCACUGGAGCUGUUGUUGCUGAACGCCAAUAAGAUCCACUGCGUGCGCGCAUCAGCCUUCAAGGAUCUGGAGAACUUGGCUCUGCUGUCACUGUACGACAACAAGAUCCAAAGUUUGGCAAAAGGAACCUUCAGUUCACUGCAUGGCAUCCAGACACUCCACUUGGCCCAAAACCCCUUCGUCUGUGACUGCAACGUCAAGUGGCUGGCUGACUUUCUCCGCGCGAAUCCCAUCGAGACCAGCGGGGCUCGCUGCGCCAGCCCACGACGUCUUGCCAACAAACGCAUUGCUCAAAUUAAAAGCAGCAAGUUCCGAUGCUCUGCCAAGGAGCAGUACCACAUCCCAGGAGCUGAGGACCGCCGCCUGAGCUCCGGUUGCAACAGCAAGCCAGCUUGUCCUAGCAAGUGUCGCUGUGAGGCCAACGUGGUGGACUGCUCUAACCUGAGACUAACCAAGUUUCCCCAGCACCUACCACCCACCACUGAAGAAUUGCGCCUCAACAACAAUGACCUCUCCCUGCUGGAGGCCACGGGCGCUUUCAAGGGCCUGUCGCAGCUCAAAAAAAUAAACCUGAGCAACAACAAGAUCUCAGAGAUUGAGGAUGGUGCGUUCGAGGGCGCCUCGGCAGUGGCCGAACUCCACCUGACCGCCAACCACCUGGAGGCCGUGCGGGGGAGUAUGUUCAGAGGAAUGGAUAUGCUACGCAUGCUGAUGUUGAGGAACAACAAGAUCAGUUGCUUACACAACGGUAGCUUCACAGGCCUGAGCAACGUACGUCUGCUGUCGCUCUAUGACAACCAACUGAGCGUCAUCCUUCCAGGAACUUUUGACCCGCUUCCUAACCUCUCCACACUGAACCUGCUGGCCAACCCAUUCAACUGCGACUGCCGUCUGUCCUGGUUGGGCUCCUGGCUCAGGAGCCGCCGCAUCGUGACGGGAAACCCUCGCUGCCAAAGUCCAGCUUUCCUGCGUGAGAUCCCGAUGCAGGAUGUGGCUGUGCCUGACUUCCGCUGUGAAGAUGGUACUCACACUGAGUCCACCAGCUGCUCUUUGGGCCCACAGUGUCCCAGUGGUUGCACGUGCAUGGACACUGUGGUACGGUGCAGCAACAAGCACCUGCAAGCCCUACCCAGAGGACUUCCUCCAAACCUCACCGAACUGUAUCUGGAUGGGAACCAGUUUACGCGAGUACCCAACCUGCUUAGCAAGUUCAAGCAUCUACAACUCAUUGAUUUGAGCAACAACAAAAUCAGCUCGCUGUCUGAUGACUCCUUCGCUAACAUGAGCCAACUCACCACGCUGAUCCUGAGUUAUAAUUCUUUACGUUGUAUUCCUCCUCUGGCGCUGGGAGGCCUGCGAUCCCUGAGGCUGCUAUCUCUGCACGGUAACGACAUCUCUGAGUUGCAACAUGGAAUCUUCAACGAUGUCACGUCACUCUCACACCUCGCCAUCGGCUCCAACCCCUUGUACUGCGACUGCCGCCUGCUGUGGUUGUCCGAGUGGCUCAAGAGCGGCUACAAGGAGCCGGGCAUCGCGCGCUGCAGCGGCCCUCCGGGCAUGGAGGGUAAACUCCUGCUCACCACGCCCCCGGAACACUUCCUUUGUCAAGGUGCGGUGGAGGCGAGCGUGGUGGCUAAAUGCAACCCAUGUGCAUCAUCGCCUUGCCACAACCAAGGCCUCUGCCAAGGCUUACCUUCACACUCACAGCCAUACACGUGCACCUGCAAGGAUGGAUUCACGGGACAACGUUGUGAGACUCCAGUGGACGCAUGUGCUAGUAAUCCCUGCAUCAAUGGAGGAACGUGUCUCAGUGACGAGCAGACGAGCAGCUUCAGUUGUGCAUGCUCUUUGGGCUUCCACGGCGUCUACUGCGAGGUGAACGCCGACGACUGCCAAGAUCACGGCUGCGAGAGCGGUGCCACCUGCGUGGACGGCGUGGGAAACUAUACCUGUCUGUGCCCCCCUGGAAGAGAUGGUCUCUUUUGCCAAGAAGAGCAGGAUGCCUGCUCGCCCGCUAGGAACCCCUGCAAGAAUCAGGCCACAUGUGUCAGGACAUCAACAGGACACAGGUGCGUGUGCAUCCCGGGUUGGGUCGGUCCGGACUGCGGCCUGGACUACGAUGAGUGUGCGGACCACCGCUGUCAGAAUGCGGCACAGUGCGUGGACCACCUGGAUGGAUACACUUGUGUGUGCCCUCAGGGAUAUACGGGUGAUUUUUGCGAGGUGUCGCCGCCUCCUGAGUCUCUAUGCCUGCUGGUGCGCUGCCAAAAUGGCGCCCCCUGUGUGGAGAAGGCAGGUGUGGCACUGUGCCAAUGUCCGGCGGGCUUUGAAGGUGCCACCUGUGAGAAGCUGGUCAGUGUCAACUUCGUCAACAGAGAUGCUUACGUUCAACUGCGUGACGUCAAGAAUCUCCCCCAAGUCAACAUCACCAUGCAGGUGUCUACAGGGGAUGAAAAUGGUAUUUUGUUGUUUAAUGGAGACCAAGAACCAAUUGCUGUGGAGCUUCAUCAAGGGCAUGUCAGGGUGACCUACGACCCCGGCAAUGAGCCCGCCAGCGCCAUCUACAGCUCGGAAACAGUGAAUGACGGUCUGUUCCAUACGGUGGAGCUGCUAACUUUUGAUCGGACGGUCAACUUGUCAGUGGACGGAGGGCAACCAGCUACUCUGGAUGGACGGGGAGGAAGCCAUGGAACUAGCAUGGACGCACCGCUCUAUGUUGGAGGUCUUCCAGAGGAAGUUUUUCCCGCCUCACUGUCUCUGUCCUCCCACGCCGUCAACAUGUCAGGUUUCCACGGCUGCAUCCGGAACCUAUACAUCAACCACGAGCUUCAGGACUUUACGCGCGGACACAUGCAAGCGGGCGUGCUGCCAGGAUGCCAGGCAUGCCGCAAGCUCUUGUGCGUGCACGGCCUCUGCCAGCCUGGAGGAGGCGCUCAGGGAGCGCAGUGUUUAUGCCAGUCAGGCUGGUCGGGGCCACACUGCGAUCAGCCAAUCACAGACGGACUUGACGGAGGAGGUAGCGCGGUCAACGCUACAGUAGCCGCAGAAGCGUUAGGCUCGGUGUGUUCCGGCAUUCCCGUCAGAGAUUACCACCGCUUGCAGCGGGGUCCAGUCGUCUGCAGGACUCCCAAAACCUUGUCCUGGCUGGAGUGCCGGGGCCGCUGCCAGCCGGAAGGGGUCUCGUCAGGUGCGGCUUCCUGCUGCGCCGCUUUGAGGCUGCGCCGACGCCGAAUCAACUUCCUGUGCGACGACGGAACCUCUUUGACGCAAGAUGUGGAGAAGCCAAUUGAGUGUGGAUGCAAGAUGUGUGUGUAGAACACCCCUCCACGCGCGCACACACACACACUUUGAUGAACUUUUUUUUUUACUUGUAAAUCUCAGUGUUGUUUUUCAAGUAGCUCAGUACACAUACACACACAAAAUGACUACAAAUGGCAGAAAUUAUCAUUUGAAAUCGUCUUUAGAAAAUAACGUUUUGUUGUUUUUGAAAAAAACGUAUGUGAAAAAUUAAUCUUCAACACUAACAAAGGCACAUUAGUUUAAUUCAAGACACCAUGUGUUGUCCAUGAUGUUACAGGAAAACAAAUGCAAUGGGCUCAUUUAAAGGGAUCCACGGAUAGAAAGACUUGUAGUUCCUAUAAAAUAAACAUCAGCAUGAGUUAAAAUUGAUGUUGAUGUUUUCGUUUUGAUACAAUUUGUAAAAUUAGUUUAACUAGUACGAGGUCGCCAUUGCUGUUGACGUCGCAUGGCGGUAACGUCACAUGGUUACUUUGCCGGGCUUCCUGAGUAUGACUCUAGCGACGUAAAAAUGUCAUCUAUUCAACCCUUUCAAUUUGAACCAGAGAAGAACAUUAAUGAGCAUGACAGGACUGUCGAUAUUUCACAAAACGAGAAGCAAAAGUAAAAUGAAUAGGAAAGACGAGAUGAGACGAGACAAGAGUAGAAAAAAAAAUUGGUGUUCUGCCAAAAUGUGCUACAUCAGCGAAGCGCCCUACAAGUGGCGAAUUUGACACCCAAAAUACUCUUGUGCACUUUCACCUUGUUUUGUUUAGAUCAGACAUGUCCAAAGUGCGGCCCGGGGGCCAAAUGUGGCCCGUGGUCAAAUUUCAUCCGGCCCCCAGCCUCUGUCAUAAGAUCAAUAACGUCUGGCCCGCACACAGACUUAAUAAAUUGGUCAGCAGUACUGCUACCAGCAUAUAAGGUAGCUUACACACUAAAUGCUGCUCCCCAUUUACCCAAUAAAAGGCAGCAGCACUCUAAGCAACAUUACACCAUGUGAUCCUUGACUUCCAAUUUUCUAAAAUGGCGACAAUCAACAACAACAAAAAAAGUUGACUGCGACGGCUGACGCUUCAAGGAUAGGUGGAAAUUGGACUAUUUCUUCAAUAAAAUACGCAACAACUGUGUCUGUCUCAUUUGCAAAGAGACAGUCGCUGUUUUUAAAGAAUUCAAUGUGAGGCGAUAUUACCAAACAAGACACGCUAACAUGUACGACAAGAUUACGGGGAAGAUACGCAGCGAGAAAUUGAAGCAACUUUUGAAGCUAGUUUAAGUAUUUCGCAAGAGCCCGAGAGUCGAAAGAGAACGCUAGUUGCGAGAUUGUUGAACUUAUUAAUUCAAAAAAUAAUAAUAAUAAAGCAAAUGUGACACACAGAAUGGCUUGCUAAAAUUUGCUUAAAUAUAUUGUUCUGCGUAAAGGACGUCAGUCAAGGUCGGCCCCCCACAUUUUUACCACACCAAAUCUGGCCCCCUUUGCAAAAAGUUUGGACACCCCUGGUUUAGAUGCAUACAGACAGAACAUACUAAAAAUGCCUUACGAAAAUACAUAAACCUAGUAAUAUCAGAUAAGGGUUGUUUAAAAAUGCUAAUGUGGUCAACAGAUGAACAAUCUGAUUUAAAGGUACCACAAGAAAACACAAUGCUUAAAAGUAUGAGAGGGAAACACAUGCAAAAAGUAUUUUGAGGCAAUGAAAAGUUAAUAAAAGACUCAAUAAAACACAAAUAGUAAGCACUCGCAGCUUUUAACCGAUCGGCGCAUAUGUUGGACGUGCUGCGUAGAAGGAAUGGGAAUAACCCGGUCUAGUGACAGUGACAAUCUACGUCAUCACCCCAAGCCUCCAUUGCGCGCACAAAGCAUGGCGCCCUCCAUAGGUCAAAACAUGUACAAAAUAUUAUUCAAUUUUAAAUCAAUGGCAAUAUUUUAUGUGUUUCUAAUAACAUAUUUUAGUAAAAGAGAACAAUUGUGGAUGAUUAGAGCCUACAAGUCCGAGGUUCCCUUUAAGACUUAAGAAAAUUAUCUUCAAAAUGUUGAUGAAUUUUUUGGGGGAAAACUCAAAACUGUUUUAGUUGCUAACACAGCAAGUACAUCUGGGUUGUCAAAGACCCAAAACAGCCUCUUAUAUGAAUUAAUUUCACAAAAACAAGUUACAGUAUUGGCCCGAAUAUAAGACGGCCCUGAUUAUAAGACGACCCCCUCUUUUUCAAGACUCGUUUGAAAAAACAGUUUUUGAACACCAAAUUAAUUUUUAUACAGAAAAUAAUUACAGUAGUCUUGAAACAAAUCUGAAUAAGGAAAAACAUUGCAAUAAAACAAUGCAAACAGGUUAAACUUGAGAGUAGCUGAGAUCUGUCAUGACAGAACAUCGCUUCAAUGAUAUCUGGCGCCAUCUAGCGUCGUGAAUUGGGAGAGUAGCUGAGCUUUGACAUGACAGAACAUCGCUUCAAUGAUAUCUGGCGUCAUCUAGCGUCAUGAAUGGGUAUAAUGUGUAGACCGCGAAUAUAAGACGACCCCCUCUUUUUCAAUCUUAUUUUAAUGCAAAAACACUGUCUUAUAUUCGGGCCGAUACUGUAAUUUCAUUAGACUGUUCUGUCUUUCAUGUUAACAAAAACAUGUACAUUCAAUCAAGACGUGUGUGUCUCAGACAUGUGUCUCAAGAUGUGUCUCAGACAUGAAUGAAAAAAAAAAAAACACACACGUUAAUUCAGGACAAAAGUAAGAUACAGUGGUAUGAAAAAGCAUCUGAACCUUUUGGAAUUUCUCGCUUUUCUGCAUAAAAUCCCCAUCAAAUGUGAUCUGAUCUUUGCCAAAAUCACACAGAUAAAAAAACUUUUAACUAAAACCACUCAAACAUUUAUAGGUUUUCAUAUUCUAAUGAGGAUAGUAUGCAAACAAUGACAGAGGGGGAAAUAAGUAAGUGAACCAUCUCCUUUAAUAUUUUGUGGCCCCCCCUUUGGCAGCAAUAACUAACCAGACGCUUCCUGUAGCUGCAGAUCAGCGUGGCACAUCGAUCAAGACUAAUGUUGGCCCCAUCAAGUCUCUAAAACUGCUGUAGUUCAGUCAGACUCCUGGGAUGUCUGGCAUGAAUCGCUGUCUUUAGGUCAUGCCACAGCAUCUCAAUAGGGUUCAAGUCUGGACUUUGACUUGGCCACUCCAGAACGUGUAUUUUGUUCUUCUGAAACCAUUCUGAAGUUAAUAUACUUCUAUGUUUUGGAUCAUUGUCUUGUUGCAGCAUCCAUCCAAUUUUUAGCUUCAACUGUCUGGCAGACAGCCUCAGGUUUUCCUGCAAAACAUCCUGAUAAACAUUUGAAUUCAUUCUUCCAUUGAUGAUUUAUUUAUUUAUUUUCCCUUAAGGCAUGACAAAUCCAAACAAAAAUACAGCAUUUAUAUGUGUUUACAAUUAAUUCAACCCGAAAAGAAAAGGGCUGACGGAAGAUUGCAAGUUGUACAAGCCCUGAGGCAGCUAAGCAGCCCCAAACCAUGAUGCUCCCUCCACCAUGCUUCAUGGUGGGUAUGAGGUGUUGAUGUUGGUGAGUUGCUCCAUUUUUCCUCCACACAUGAUGUGUGUUACUCUUAAACAAUUUAACUUUGGUUUCAACAGUCCAUAAAAUAACUUCUGUGGAGUAUCCAAGUGCCGUUUUGCGAACAUUAAAUGAGCAACAAUGUUUUUUUAGACAGCAGUGGCUUCCUCCGUGGAGUCCUUCCACAAACACCAUUCUUGGCCAUAGUUUAACAUAUAGUUGAUGUGUGCACAGAAAUAUUGGACUCUGACAGUGAUCUCUGUAAGUCUUUAGCAGACACUCUAGGGUUCUUUUUUACCUCACUGAGUAUUCUGCGCUGAACUCUUGGCGUCAUCUUUGGUGGGCAGCCAAUCCUUGGGAAAGAAGCAAAAGUGCCAAGCUCUCUCCAUUUGUAGACUACAUCUCUGACUGUCGAAUGAUGAACAUCCAGACUUUUAGAGAUGGUUUUGUAUCCUUUCCCAGCUUUAUACAAACCAACAAUACUUGAUCGCAGGUCUUCAGACAGCUCUUUUGACCAAGCCAUGAUGCACAUCAGACAAUGCUUCUCAUCAAGACAAUUCUUACCAGGUGUCUGUUUUAUAGUGGGCAGGGCAGCUUUAACACUAGAAGUCCCAGAGAAUUCUUAUACUCCUAAUAGUCCCAAGCAAUGGCCGAUUUGGCCUCUACCCCAGAAAAACCCAGAGGUGGCCAAAAUGGCCCAAGUGCUUUUGAAUUGGCAAGUCGUUGUCCGACAGACAAGAGCCAAUCAUAUAAGGGAAUAUUAGGAGUAUUUGUCUUGGGGAAAGGCCGAUUCGGCCUUUGCUGGGUUUUCUAGUGUUACACCCCUCAUCAGCGAUUGGGCACAUACCUGACUUAAAUUGUUCGGUAAAAAUUGGCUUUAAUUGCUCUUUAAGUCUCCUUAGGAGAGGAUUCACUUAUUUUUCCCCCUUCUGUCAUUGUUUGCAUGCUAUCCUCAUUAAAAUAUGAAAACCUGUAAAUGUUUGGGUGGUUUUAGUUAAAGCAGACACUGUUUUUACAUCUGUGUGAUUUUGACAAAGAUCAGAUCAAAUUUGGUAGUGAUUUUUAUCAGAAAUGUGAGACAUUCCAAAGGGUUCAGAAACCUUUUCACACCACUGUACUUAGUUGUCCUGAGUAAAUGACAAAAAUGUAUGUUAGGUUUGUCCGACUUUUAAUUUUUAUCUUACGUUCACAAAAACACACAUCAAUUGAAGCCUAAGUUAUUUAUCUUUAUGAAACCACCUACUUUGAAGACAUUUGUCUUUGAUGUCAACAAAAAGAUGUGUGAUGUAAAGUUCUUUGAAGACCAAAUGGUUUCCCGCGUUAUUAAAAAUGUAAAAAAUAAAAACACUAGGUCUGUCGAAGGCUGUAAAUUUUCUUCAAUAUGUAUGGAAACACCUUUGAUGGAUUUAUAGAAAUAUAAUUGCCUUUGUUCUAUAAUAAAACAUGUUAGGAUCAUUGACAACAUUUAAUUUUAUGAUGUUUGCAUUUUUAUAAGCCAAGAGUAAAUUUCCUUACUGUUAGAGUCCCAGUCAGACAUUGCAAACAUUGAACACCAAAUUUGUGUGUGUGUGUCUUUGAUGUUGUUUUGUUCGCAAGUGACACGCCUCCUCUGUGAUGUGAUCGGAGGAGUCAGCAUCACAAGAUCAGUAAAUGUAGCUAUACAAAUCUUUAUUUAUACCAACGUGACCGUGACAUGUAUUAACUUUUUAUUUAAUUGUUUUAAUUUGGACAUUUUGAGUAAUCUAAUGUACCGUAGCUUUUUUUUUUUUGUCAACUAUGACAGACACAAUAACGAGCUAACAGACUGUAAAAUAAUAUAUAAGAAGUGCUCAUAGUAUUUUUCUAUACGUUGACUGUAUGCUAGUGUUCUCCUUUGGAUUAAUUUAUUGGAAUAAAAAGCAGCUCCUUCUUCA